AUGAAUUCAAACGAGGAAAGGCAACGCGAGAGUUCUUCUCGCGAGUUAAGCGACGAUGGUGGCGUAUCUCUAUCGGAUGAGGAAGACCUAAGAGCCCGAAUGGACAUGCAUCAGCUGGUCUCACAUGGCUCCAUUAGCGGAGAUUCACCACCGCAAACUGCUGAUCAAGUCAUUGAAGAAAUUGACGAAAUGCUACAGCAAUUCAACUUUCAUUUGGACGGGACAUCUUAA